AUGCGGCCGGAUAGCACUCGCCAAGUCGCCAUUCACGACAUCGGCAAAGACGGAGCGCCCAUCCUGUUGUUCCUUGAUCGCAUCGCGAACCGUUUGGGAGGCAGCUUUGCAGGCGAAGCUGUUGAUAUCAACCCCAAGUAUGCGGGCGCAUCGAGGCCCUUCAAGCCGGCACCUGCUGCCUUGUUGCCACCAAUACCACUUUAUCGACGUCUGCUACGCUCGCAUAGGAAAAGGCUAGGCGUCGAGGAGCGAUUACUUGGGGACAUGUACGUCAAGGCCGAGUUCAGGGCACACAGGGAUGUCGAGAACCCUGUGCAAAUAAUUGGGUUUCUGUCGGAAUGGCAAACAUACUGCCAAAUGCUAGAGGGAGACUCGUGGAAGGAAGCCAAGAUGGACAAGGCUAAGAUUGACAAGAUGAGCGACCAACAAAUUGGUCAACUCUACGAGCUCAUGCAACAGAUCAAGAACCAAGCUCAGGAAGAUGCUGAUGCCGAAGAAAAGCGCGUGACGGAAUUGCUCGACAAGAAGCCGUCGACCGAACAUCUUUGCUUAUUGGACAUGUGUGGUUGUACCCUAUACGAUUCUCCAACAUGUGGUCACUCCUGGAUUUCCAUGAGUCAACCUUGCGGCUUUCUCUUCGAUCUCCUCAGCUGUCCAUAUCGCCAAACCUAUCAGACUUUGAUCGCACCGCCCUACACCUGUCCCAUGUGCAACGGCGGAUUUGCAGAUCGAGAGACCAUUGAAAUGGUGCAAGGACCUUGGGGUACUAACCAGAUGCUUCGAAAUCAUGUUGGUGGCAGCUAUGCGAUUCCGGGUCAGUGGGGAAGUGCGCCAUUCAUGUCUGGGGGAUGGGGAGGUCCAGCAAUUACUUCAGGAACUACAUCUGGCGCUAUGAUGCCUAUACACCAUACGAAUCAAGGCUUCACUUACGAUCACCGCCUUACUGGCCCUUACAUGCCUCAAAGCAUGAUGUCGCAUGCUCCGGUCAUCACGAGUGGACCGAUGAUGGGUAGUUCGGCAACGGUUAUGAACGAACCGAUAAUAUAUGAUAAUGGAUUUGGCGGAUACGACGAUGGCUACAUCAGCGAUUAUGGUGGAUACUAUGACGCUAGACGCAAGAAGAGGAGGCACAAGAGUCAUUACAAGUACAAGUUUACGGAUAAACCCGUAACCAACUGCACAGUUAUGUGA